AUGACUCCUCCCGCUGCUCUGUUCGACACUGUUACCCCGGCCACCACCAUCAAGGGUAAGGUGGUUGCCCCCGAGGUGACCAAGACCACCUUGACUGGUGGUGAGUCCCAGACCAAGCUCUUGGACCAGUUUGGCGGCAAGUGGGACGAGUUCAAGUUCGCUCCCAUCCGUGAGAGCCAGGUCUCUCGGGCUAUGACCCGCCGCUACUUCCAGGACCUCGACAAGUACGCUGAGACUGAUAUCCUUAUCGUCGGUGCCGGUUCUUGCGGUCUGAGCACUGCCUAUGUUCUGGCCAAGGCUCGUCCGGACUUGAAGAUUGCCAUUGUUGAGGCUUCGGUCUCUCCUGGUGGUGGUGCUUGGCUGGGAGGCCAGCUCUUCUCCGCUAUGGUCAUGCGUCGUCCUGCCAAUGUCUUCUUGGAGGAAUUAGGUGUGCCCUACGAGACCGACCCUGAGAACCCCAACUACGUCGUUGUCAAGCACGCUUCGUUGUUCACCUCGACCUUGCUAUCCAAGGUUCUGUCCUUCCCCAACGUCAAGCUCUUCAAUGCCACCAGCGUUGAGGACUUGAUCACCCGCCCGGCUGCCAGCGGUAACCCUAAGGAGACUCGCAUCGCCGGUGCUGUUACCAACUGGACCCUGGUCACCUUGCACCACGACGACCACUCCUGCAUGGACCCCAACACCAUUAACGCUCCGGUCAUCGUCAGUACCACUGGCCACGACGGACCCUUCGGUGCUUUCUGCGCCAAGCGUCUGGUGUCCAUGAACAACGUCGACAAGCUGGGCGGCAUGCGCGGUUUGGACAUGAACUCGGCUGAGGAUGCUAUCGUCAAGAACACCCGCGAGGUUGCCAAGGGUCUCAUCAUUGGUGGUAUGGAGCUGUCUGAGAUUGACGGCUUCAACCGUAUGGGCCCUACCUUUGGCGCCAUGGUUCUUAGUGGUGUGAAGGCCGCUGAGGAGGCUCUGUCUAUCUUUGACGAGCGCAAGCGUGAGUGUGCCGAGUAA